AAUUAGCUUCACCUCUAAUCUAAAGCACAAAGAUUGUUCUCAUUCCAGAACAAAAAGAGAACAGAUCCUCAGGCUUUUACAGCUAGCGUUGGGACAUCUCACGCGGCAUUCUCCUUUCGCUUUCAUCCCCUACAUAUAAAGCUCGAAACAAGCAAGCAAGCAAAAUCAUCGAGAAAAUGGCAGUAGGAGCGAGGAAGAUCGGUGUGGCAAUGGACUUCUCCAAGAGCAGCAAACUUGCCCUCCAGUGGGCCAUAGACAACCUAGCCAAUCAGGGCGAGUCCCUCUGCAUCAUCCACGUCAAACCCGGCUCCCUCGGCGAGUCGCGCAACCUCCUCUGGUCCAAAUCGGGCUCUCCCCUGAUCCCUCUGGCGGAAUACCGAGAGCCCGAGGUGAUGAAGAAGUACGACGUCGAGACCGACAUGGAGGUUCUCGACAUGCUGGAUACUGCCUCUAGGCAGAAAGAGUUGAAGGUUGUGACGAAACAGUAUUGGGGAGAUGCAAGAGAGAAGCUGGUCGAAUCAGUUGAAGAUCUGAAGUUGGACUCCAUCGUCAUGGGAAGCAGAGGACUUAGUACCAUCCAAAGGAUAAUAUUGGGGAGCGUGACAAAUUACGUGGUGAAUCAUGCAUCUUGCCCCGUCACCGUCGUCAAAGACCCGAGCUUUAGCAGCAGCGGCAGCAUCCACCGAGAUGAGAUCAGGACAUGGAUGGGAUGAACAUCUUCAUCAAUCCAUUAAACUUAUGCCAGACAGAGUGGGCUACCCGUUUUUUAUUUUAAUCUCCGUUAUUAGUCUUUAAUUCCGUGUUUGGUUUCUGUUUCUCAUGUUAUAUCUGUAAUAAUUAUAUCUAUUACCAACCAUAUAUCUUAUAUCCAAGAGCCAGAACGGAACACAUCACAUGUUUAAUUUAAUGACGUUAAUGUACAAGAAAAAGAAAAUGAUGAUUUCAUUCCUUUCAUUUCA